AUGCAAAAAUAUAAUCCGAAUGGAAGUUCUAAUCCUUUUUGGAGAGAUAUGAACAAAAGAGCCUACUAUAUGGAACAUGUUCGCUUGCAACCAGAACAUUUAAAGUAUGUUCUAGAAGAAAAAAAAGCCUUGGUUAAAUGGAUUUUGGAAAAUUAUCCACAAUAUAAUGUUCCUUAUGACCCAACUAAACUCAUUAAACGCGGAGGUCGCAUUAAUCUGGAUGGUGUGCUAGUAAACCCCAUGAUUAUUGCCCGGGAACGAGAUUUAUUAUUUGGUACCAAUAAUACUGAAAUGAUAGAUAAUUUUGUGGAAAAUGUUCAAAAAUUAGUGAAUGGAACGGUGGAAAGAAGUGCUCAACAUGGAAGUCAAAACCCCGAAGUGAAAAUCCACCAAAAGGCCGGGAUGCAAUAUGCCUAUUACGUGGCUUAUGAAUUAAUGAAAAAAGAGUUAGAUAAAGUCGGAUAUGAGGCUCGUGAAACCGUUAUUUUUUCUGAAUUGAAAGAUAAAAUUGUGAUUUCUUCGCCAACUGAAAAACCAGUGGAUAAUUCUGAUCAAACUGAUUCUAAUUCCAAUUCGGAUACUGAGAUAACUACUCCUGACACCUCCGAGGAUGAAAAAGAAUUAAAUAAAGAUAAACUUAAUGCUUCGGUUAAAGAGGAUGUUCAAGCAGAAGAGGAAGAUGCAAGAGAGAGACUGGUUAGUUCCUUAAUGAAAGCCCAAAGUAAAGAUGCUACUGAUGAAGACCGAAUUGAUACUAUUUCAGAUGCGAUUAAAGUUUUUGGUAGUCAAAACAGCCAAACCGAACAAGAACAAGUGGAAAUAGUAAAAAAAGCAUUAUUUCAAAAUAAUCCUGAGUUAUACCGACAAACCAUGGUUAAGGAAUUAGAAAAAGUUAUGUUAAAAAAUGGAGAAAUUAAGGAACAAUCCCAAGUUGAUGAAGUAGUUAAACAAAUGAAUAUCCAAAUAAUUCAGCAGGGAACUACGAAAAAAAUAACUUAUUUCAAAAAAAAAGCCCAAGAAGUUAUUAAAUCGGGUGAUAAAAAACAAAUCUGGAAUCUCUAUCAAGAAGUAUUAUUAGAACGUGAGAAAAUGAAAGUUAACGCUUACCAAAAAAAUAAUUCUGAACAAGCCCAUGCUUUAAUAGCUGAAUUAGAACGAGGGAUAAGUGAACAACCUACUACGACUGACCCAGUUAAUUCCUUUUUCCUUCCGAUAAUUUUGGCAGUAGGAACCAUUAUAUUAUUAGUGGUUGGUUUGCUAUUAAUAAAACUUUGGGAAGCAAGAAAAAAGAAAAAUAAAUCCUCGAAAGGGAGUUAUUAG